ACCCACGUGGGCCCGGCCGCCCCGCCCCGCUGCGCUGACGCCACGCGACUCCGGAGUCCGGGCCUGGGGCUUGGCCGCGCCGCGCGGGAACCCCACACCCCACGCCGGGCCCGCGGGGCCGCCCAGGUCAGGCCGAGGGACACCCCCUUACCCCACCCCGCCCCGAGGGACGAGAUCCCGCCACCGGGUCCGCGGGAGCAGAGCCAACCGCACUGGGGCGGGCGCGUCCAGGCCACCAAAUGUUCACCAUCCAGCCAGGGCUAGCUGAGGGGGGCCAGUUCCCUGGGGGCCCACCGGGAGUAUGUCAGGCAGAGUUCCAACCAGACAGCAACUCUAACUUCAUGGCAAGUACCAAAGACGCCAAUGAGAAUUGGCAUGGGAUGCCUGGCCAUGUGGAGCCCAUACCGAUGAGGAGCUCCUCUGAGUUGCCCUCUGACAACCAGGCCUUCCAGGACCCCGGACUCCCUAAAGGGGAGGUACGCAGCCCCCCAGAGGGGGCAGAAAUACCCGGAGCUAAGCUUGAGAAGCUGGGUGGCGCCAGCGCGGUCCGCUCCCCGCUGGAGGACAAUGGCUAUGCCAGCAGCUCUCUAAGCACCGAUGGCUCCAGCAGCAGUCCUGAGCCGGCCUGUGGGACCCCCCAAGGCCUGGGCCCUGCAGAUCCCCUUCCGCCCUCGGUGGCCCGGGCUGUGCAGCAGUUGCAGGCCCAGGAGCGCUACAAAGAGCAGGAGAAGGAGAAGCACCAUGCACACCUAGUGAUGUACCGCCGGCUGACCCUGCUGCAGUGGAUACGGGGCCUGCAGCACCAGCUGGUAGACCAGCAGGCCCGCCUGCAGGAGAGCUUCGACACCAUCCUGGACAACCGGAAGGAGCUGAUCCGCUGUCUCCAACAGAGGGCGGCCCCCUCUGGGCCCCAGGAGCAGGGCUAAGGGGUCCCAUUGCUCCGGAGAGAGGGCUAGCCUGCAGUAUUUAUCUGAGGGUUGUGGCUGAUCCAGUCCCCUGAGAUUUCCCAGGCCGGCUCUCCACCCUCUCCCCAUCCCUCCUCUCAGACUUCGCUCUGCUAAGGCUAUUGUCCCUGAUGGUGGAUUUGCCUUGGGAAGUAUGGUGGCCGCUCUGGCCUGCCGUGGCUUUUUGGCCACAGUUCUGCCAGGGCACCUGGGGCACCUGCUAGAGAAUUAGUGUGAGGGAGGGGAGCCAGGGGUGGUGAUCCACACUGUGGCCGGGAUGGAGACAGGUGGGAUCAGAGAAGAAGAUAAAGGACUUUCUCACUUGAACUCUGCCUUGGGGCACAUGGGAGAUGGGGAUGGGGGAGAAGAGAGUGCAGAACCCUGUGAAGAAAAGGAGAAAGGGAAUUCUAAAAUAUCACUUUGAAACAAAGCACACUUCUCCACGGCAAAGGAGCUGUUGCAGACCAUAUUGAUUUAAGCUUCUGAUGAAAGUGAAUGUGUGCUUAUUCGCUUGCAAGGAAUGGACAAGGUGUUCCAAGACUGCUGCGGGAAAAAAAAAAAAAAUCUCACUUUCUUCUCUGUGCCUCUACUUGCUGUGCCUCUCUGGUUUUAGCGACACUGGAUGUUAAAUUAGGUUGGUCUGUUUUCCUGAAAUCAGGCUGUCUGGGCACAGAGGAGCCAUAGUCGACUUUCCAGGAGGAGCAGGGGGCGAUGUCAGCCUAUAACCCUGUCUGUCACUGCAUGGUCCUUUUGCUGGGGGUUGACAGGCUCCAGGCGAGGCUACGUGACAUGGAGAGUGGAUGAAUUCUGGGGAGAACCAAGAACUACAGGAGCCAAGCUCUCUGCUUUGCUUUUGGGAGCCAUUAGGAUACAAGGUCUUGGUGGGUGAGCAGUGGCAUGAUGCUAAGUCUCCCUCUCUUCAAAAUGGGGGUGCUCUUCCUUUCUCUAAAGUGUUCUAUCCCUGACAGGUGGGUGGGUGAAGGGCAUAGGAAGUAAGGUUGAAGUGACUUUUGUGUCUAGCCCUUGCAUGUUGAGUAUGAACCAGGCCUCUGGGCCAAGCCAAGGAAUAAACUGGGGCAGAGAAAUGCAUUUCUUGAGUUUAUGUUUCUAUUCUGCCCAUUGUCUGGUGGUCUCUUUUCCACACCGUAUGAGCUGCCCUUUUGAGCAGAGUUCUAGGUUGGGAGCUAGGGGACAGAAGGGGAGAAAGUCACUGGGGAGGAGGAAUUCAGCCUGCUGUGGCUCUUGGGGGGUAACAAGAAGUUCUCCCUGGGGGCCUCUUGGUCUGAGAGGGGAGACUUGGCCCCAGCCCGAGAGCCUUGUAUAGGAUUGCCCUUGUCCUAAGGCACCUUUGGAUUUGAAGGUGGGGAGUGGUAGGCAUUGAUGGUAAGGGAUAUAUAUGCUUCCUCCCCCGCUACCCCCACAUUCCUACUCACCCCUGCCUUAGAGCCACCACUUCCCUGGAGGGUGCCCUGACUGCGAAAGACUGAGUUAAGGGGCGCCUGGGUGGCUCAGUGGGUUAAGCCUCUGCCUUUGGCUCAGGUCAUGAUCUCAGAGUCCUGGGAUUAAGUCCCGCAUUGGGCUCUCUGCUCAGCCAGGAGCUUCUUUCCCCCUCCACACCCCGCCCUUCCUCUCUGCCUACUUAUGAUCUCUCUUUCUCUGUCAAAUAAAUAAAUAAAAUCUUAAAAACAAACAAACAAACAAACAAAAGACUGAGUUAAGCUCCUCAGAUGGUUCUGGCAGAUGUGGUUACAGUGCAUGUCUAUGACUUCAGAUACUUACUGCCAGUGUAGACUAGACCUUCUUUUUUCAUGGGUUUGUAUGAUGAUUUAUUAAUUCAUUUCUCAAAAAUUCACUUGUAUAAAAAAGGUAUCUAUUGCUGUAUAACAAAUUACCCUAAAACUUAGGAAUUAAAAUAAUACACAUUUGUUAUCGCACGAUUUCUGUAGGUCAAGAAUCUCUCACAAGGCUGCAAUGAAGAUGUCGGUUCUGGGUCUGUGGUCUUAUUUGUUGGAAGCAUUCAGUUCCUCAAGGGAGGUCAUUUUCUGUUCUUUGCCAUGUGGUUCUUCCAACAUGGCAACUCACUUCAAAUCGUCCAAGCCAAGAAAGUGACAGAGUCCUAGCAAGUCAGAGGUGAUGAUUUUCUGUAACCUACUCAUAGAAAGGCUAUUCCCUCAAUGGUGCUGUAUUCUACUGGUUAAAAAAGUUACUCAAGGGGCGCCUGGGUCACUCAGUUGGUUAAGUGUCCAACUUGUGAUUUCAGCUCAGGUCAUUAUCUCAUGGGUCAUGGGACUGAGCCCCACACUGGGGAGUAGGGGAGGGUGGUCCAUGCUCCUAGGGAAUCUGCUUGAGAUUCUCUUCCUCUGCCCCUCUCCUCACUCACACACCCACAUGCAUGUGCACCCUCUCUCUAAAAUAAAUGUAUAAUAAAUAAAAAAAACAAGUCACUGAAAGGGAGGGUAUUAUGUAAGACUAAUUACCAGGAGGUUGAGGCUGCCUACCACAGAAGGCAUUUUUUGAUUGACUAAAUAAAGGCGUAUUUUUUAUUGUUUUUUAAUUAUACAAACAAAAAUUAUGUUCUACUUCAAUAAAUUGGAACAUUUCAGAGAAAUCUAAUGUCCCCUUGUACUUCUCUCCAAUAAGAUUAAUAUAUUUUAAACCUCACAAAGUGUACUUUUCACUGAAACAGUGAUCCAAGGCAUUUUUGUUUUGUUUUGUUAAAGCUUUUAUUGAUUCAUUUAAGAGAGAGUAAGAGAGAGGAAGGGGGAAGAGAAUCUGAAGUGGACUCUGUGCUGAGAGCAGAGCCCAAGUCAGUGCUCGAUCCCAGGACUCUGAAGUCAAAACCAAGAGUCAGCCUCUCAACCAACUCAACCACCCAGAAGCCCCAAGGUAUUAAUAAUUCUUGUCACCUUGACAUAUGCCAUUUAAACAGAAACAAUACUGCAUCAGUUUUAACAAAUUCCACUUAUUAAGAGAUGUUCUAGCUAAGAGCUAUAGCUUAAUGAGAAUAAUUGAAAAUUAAUACAAGGAAACCUCAUUUGAAAAGCAGUAGGGAGAGCACCUGGGUGGCUCAGUCGAUAAGCGUCUGCCUUUGGCUCAGGUCUUGAUCCCGGGGUCCGGGGAUUAACGCUGGCAUUGGGCUCCCUGCUCGGUGGGAAGCCUGCUUCUCCUUCCCCCACUUCCCCUGCUUUUGUCCCCUCUCUCACUGUGUC